GAAGCCUUCAAAUUGCAGUGGUUUCUUAAGAAAAAGGUGCAGUGGUCUCUUAAUUUUUUCCAGAGCUGUUUAUUCAACCUUAAGCUUUAUAUUUCAUAUGAUGUUAUAACAGGGAGGGUCAUCAAUUCAAUGAAUAGUCAAUUUAGCGUCAGUGUACAGUUCUUGUAGGCAAUUCCCCCCACACAAAAUAAAAUACAAACAACAAAUAAAAUCAGCACAUUUGUCUUUAUCUUGAUCAAAAGCCUAAUCAUAGUUCUACAGUCAACAAAAGAAUUACUGGAAAGGGUGUAAACUGGGUGUAGAUGAAGGACAAGUCUUAACAGGCUCCAGUCAACACAAAACCCUGUGGAACAAGUUUAUAUGUACAUCAUUCAGCUAACAAUGUAACCCAGAACAACUUACAGUAGAGUUGUGCAUACAUUUCCCACCUAGUCCCCUGUGGGAACCGCACCUACAAUGUUGCAAGCACUUUGCUCUGCAAACUGAGCUUUACAGGACCCUACAAGUCAGGGGUUCUGAUGCUUAUUUCUAGUAGUUUGUUUAGACAUUAAGAAGUCCAUUAAGAAGACAAUUUAGUCAAUUUAAGAGACUGAUCUGGUCUAUCGGUGUAGCUCUGUUUUGUUAUUUGUGUUUUCUGCUUUAUUUGGGGAUCUAAAUCAAUAAACCAUUCACUUGUUUCCAGAUAAUUUGCAAAAGCCUGAGAACCACUUUACUGACAAAUAAAGAGUGUAAGAGUGAGUGAGAAAUUGACUGACUGACUUACUACCCCUACCCCUACAUUAAAUAGCGUAGUGGUUAGAGACACAAACUCGCACACACAGGGACCAGUGUUUGAGCCCCGCUGCAGUCAAAGCAAAUAAGGCAUUAGGAAUUAUUCAGGAUAGACAUACUUUGUUGGCCACAAACUUCAGAAGCUUUGUUAUAUUCAGCCUAAAAUAAAAUUGUUUAUGGUUAUAUUUCAAAUAUUUCUGAUGGAUUUUUGAGGUAUGUAUCUGUGCAUGCUUUUUGGGGUUAUAUCGGUUACAGUAGAUGUUACCACAAUUCUCUCAUAUUUUUACCUGACGAAAAAGUCAGUUAUUGUCACUUAUAUUUAUAGAUAUUGUAUCAAUCUCAUUCACGAAUGAAAGAAAAACUUACAUUAUUGUGCCAUGAAACGAAAUAGCACAAAACAUAUUACGCAAUUGGAUUUGUUCAGGAUAUACAAAACGUUGCCUGAUACAACCUUCAGUAGCUACGUUUAAGUAAGCCUAUGGUAAAUGUCAGGACUUCAUGGAAAUGAUGAGCGGAACAUUGGAGUCACGAAGGAAGAUUUAUUUCUGUCCACACGGACAAGAGAAAAACAACUUAGAGUGCCAACAGUCUGGGUAAGUAACAAUAUAAACGAAUCCGACGUAACUCGUAGCACGAGACAAUUACACAUGAAGAUCAGGGGAGCAGAGGGAACACAUAUACUGGGGGGAAUAUCACAAAUGGGGUCCAGGUGUGUGUGGUAAAUGUAGGCCGUCAGGAUGCUCAGGCAACAAAUCACAAUUUGAGUCCUGUUAUUUGGAUAGUGAAUAGGAAAAAAAGUUCAAAUCGGGAAUAAUGUCCACUAAAUGGUGCACAGCUCUCCUAGUGUUUGACAAUUUAAAUAAACUAAAAACAUAUAAAAUAAAACAGUACAAAUGUACAGUAGUGGCACUUUCUAUAAGCAAUACAAAGAAUAACAUUAGUCAUCUUAACCACGUACUUAAACAUAAAAUGUUAUUCAUUUGGAAUGCAUCGAUCACUUCCUCACUUACUUUGAGGUGACGCACAUGCUUUUCCCCACACGUGUCCUGGUUCACUUUAUUCAGUUCCUGUUGUCUGUGAAGUACAUUAUUCAUUUUAAAUUAACAUUGAAUAAACUAACCCUAACCCAAAAAUAUACAAUUGAAUCAAUAUAACUACAUUAUAUCCCUGUAACUGAAUGUAUGUAAACGAACCCAACUUACAAUUUUGCUAUUUGUAGGUGUGAUGAUUGUGGUUCACUAACAAAAUCCUUAACCAUCCAUCAACCUUGACCAUAAAUUGCAUAAACAAAACUUCUGAAUCUCCUCCACCUUUAACCAUGACCUUUCCUGGUCUAUGCAAAUGGUAACUGACUGACUCAUUUCUGGGUUUUUUUAUCCUUAUUUGUGCUGCGUGAUUACGUCAUCCUCUUAGUGGCAAAACCAAGAAAAUGGUACCAGACAAUGCCCAAUACAUAGACAAUUUCCACAUGGUUACAUAAACAAAACAACAGGCAUGUGAUGAACUGAUGAGAUGGGCUGACCAAAAAACAUCAGGGGCUAGAGACCCGAAAGCCGAGGUCUGGUGAUGACCAUGGUUGACAAGUCCAAGGAUUCAUCUACAGGGAGACAGUCUGCCAGUAAGAUGAGGUCACUACAGCACCGACCCUGAAUCUUCAACAGGACUAGUCUGGGUAGUUGAUAAGAAACCUGGAUGAAUAAUCCAACGUGAGACUUGGUGCCACUCCUGUAGACUAAGAUGUGUGUCUCUGCUCUGACUUGGCUGAUGCUGAUAUGUUUGUGGACGGUGAUUGUCAGGAUACAAGGUCUCUCUCAGCUGGUAGAAACACAGCAGGUAGUCAUAGUAUCCCUGGGAGGAGAUGUUAAGUUCAGCUGCAGACUCAUGGAACCCAAAGAUGUCCUGCAAGUCACCUGGCAAAAAGAGACACCAGGAGGGACUGAAAAUGUGGCCUCCUACAACAAACGUUUUGGUCCUGAAGUAAACCCACCUUUUAAUAUGAAAGUCUUGUUUCUAUAUGUGGGACUGCAGAACUGCUCUGUCAUCAUCAGAAGAGUGUCCAGAGAAGAUGAGAGUUGCUACAAGUGUCUGUUUAAUAUUUACCCAGAUGGCGCUAUCAGUGGAAGGACCUGUCUUCAAGUUAAUGAGCUAUAUGGACCCACACUCCUAUUAACACAAAACAAGGACACUCAUCCCCUCUUCUCUGGGUUAACUGUCUCCUGCUCGGCCACGGGACGACCUGCUCCAGUAGUGGACUUGUUUCUCCCAGUACAAUUCGUUUUGGAAAACUCUACAACGGUCAGUGUCACCCAUCCCAAUGGAACUGUUACUGUCACCAUAACUUCCACAGUGGCAGUUCCCAGUCUACCCGACAAUAUCCCAAUGGUUCGGUGUGUGGUAUCAUCUGGCAGUGCCAUCAAGGAGGGCUCCAUAAAGAUUCCAACCCUCUUAGUUGGUCGAGGUCAUGGUUGGAUAAGCGGUCAUGGGACAGUGGUUGUAGCAGUGACGGCUUCUUUGGGUCUUAUUGUUUUAAUCUGCACCAUAACUUGGUGUCUAUGCAAGAAAACUCAAAGGUGCAGAAAUGAAACACCACAGCAAGACGUUGAUGAAAGCAGAGUUACUUUCGAACUGUAAAAAUGUCCUGGGGAGUCGGGAGAGUCGUAGAUCAACACAGGCUUCAUCCGAAAUCCGUCCAAACAGCCAGUCUGCUUCUUUACAUCCCCUCCAUUAACAAGGAAGUAAAUCUGUGCCAACACGCCAGAUGAAACACAAGGAUAUCAUGUAUGGCGGUUACCUCGCCGGAUGACACCCCGGAUGACACCAGCCCAAAGGAAAUUUGAUCAUUGACAAAAAGAUAACCAAGAGACUUUUAUUAAUGGCUUGCUUGCAAUACAUGAAAAGGAUUUUGUUGUUUCUGGAGGCAAAUUAGGAGGUAAUGAACUGGACAGAUGGCUACUACAGCCGUAGGUCAGAGGGACAGAAGAAACGGUUAAGUUAUUAAUCUGUUUGUUGUUCUGUAAAGGAAGGGGGGGAGACCCACUGGGAAUUGGGGAGACCCACUGGGUGACUCAUCUGGGAAGGGGGGGUGACCCACUGGGAAGGAGGGUGACUCCUCUGGGAAGUGGGGGUGACCCACUGGGAAGCGGGGGUGACCCACUGGGAAGGGGGGGGGGGUGACCCACUGGGGGACUCCUAUUAAGCCAGGUCUGAACAUUAUUCAAAAAGCAGUGUGCUGGAUCUGAGCCUAACCACGGGUUCCAGCAGUUGCUGUAUCAAUGGGUUCCAUUUGAGUAUUCAGACUUUUCUCUUUGUGGCCUCCUACCACAAACGUUUUGGUCCAAAAGUAAAGCCACUUUUUAAUAGGAAUGUUUCUAAAUGUGGGACUACAGAACUGCUCUAUAGUCAUCAGAGGAGUAUCAAGAGAAGAUGAGAGCUGCUACAAAUGUCUGUUUAAUAUUUUCCCAGAUGGAUCUAUCAGUAGAAGGACCAUACUACAGUUGUCAUCUUCUCUAUUACCAGGGACAGUGGUUGGUUUAGUGAUGGGUUCAGUGGUUCUCAUUGAUUUGAUCUGCAGCACAACUUGGUGGAAGCAUAAGAGAAAUCAAAAGAACAAGUCAUAUUUUCUAAACAGAAUAUAUUUUUUUACAUUGCAGUUACUAUUAGGGGUGUUAAGUUUCAAGUGACUUCACAACUGCAUUGUGGGAUUGUUGACGUGCUGUACUCUGCCUGCUGUUACCUACCUGGCUACCUGCCAAACUUUAUAUAU